AUGAAGUUCGCUGCGUUUUCUCUGGUGAUUUGCACCAUAUGCGCAGUAAGUUUAGUUCAUGUCUCCGUAGCACAAAUUUCUCCUGAUGACUUCGUGAAAGCCCAUAACAAGGUGCGUAAAGAAGUUGGGGUUGUCCCAAUUUCUUGGAACAAAACGUUGGCAGCCAAGGAAGAGGAACUUGCUAUACCAAGGAUCUCAAGCUGCAAUGUGAUCGAAGAUCCUUUCGGUGAAAUUGCUGUACAAGCCUCCUAUCCUCUGACUGCAGCCGAAGCAGUGGCAUUAUGGGCUAGUGAGAAACCUUACUAUGACUACGACAAAAAUACCUGUGUUGGGAGAAAUUGCGAGCACUACACUCAGGUUGUUUGGAACGAAUCAGUGACGGUUGGAUGUACAAGGGCUCAGUGCAGAAGUGGGUACUGGUUUAUCUCCUGCAGAUAUUAUCCUGAGGGAAAUACCCCAUUAGAACGCCCAUAUAAAAAGCACUAA